CAUUGUAAAUUCACUUCACCGAAGUUUCAUGACAUUUGGGUAACAUUUCACGACCAAAAUACAUUGUGAGAAAUCUAACCUCACAGUUACACCUGUCAUCGUUAACUGAACGAAACUCAGUGAAGAAAAAAUCGUUUCUGAACGAGCUCUUCGCCGAUCCAGCCGGAUAUGUAGAAUGCGUAUGACGUAUUGACGUCUACGAAUUUACAUUGUUGUGAAACGAUAAAAGUUUGCAGACUUUUUCUGAGCGUUGUAUAAAAUAGCAUCUCUCCGGAGCCGAUCUAAUCUGCUGGUAGUUUUCAGAGCAUUCCCUCGUUCGGCUUCGAGACACCCGUCGUUCUAAAACUAAACUUUUCCGUCACAAAAACACAGAAACCAUUGGCACAAGUUUGGUUGCCGACAAAAUGCUUUUCACCGAGCUGAAUACGAAAGUUUUGCUGGACAUCUUCGAUUGUUUAGAUCUGAUCGAUGCGAUCAAUUUAGCGGGAACGUGUGUGAGACUGAGAGAAGUGGCUCAGCUACAGUAUGCCAUUCGAUAUCGAAUUUUCAAUUUGAGAAACUUUUUAAAUGACGGAGAUCAAGUACAACGACACAAUUAUGUCGACGCAACGGUGGUUCUGAAAAGCAUUGGGCACGUCAUUUCGGUGUUGGUGGUUGAUUUGGACGAGACUAAAAUCGGAGCGGUUUUGGUUGCAACAAUCCGAAGAUAUUGUACUAAGGUCAAAUCGCUCAAAAUCGUCUCUCGCUGCUACAACAACAAACCCCUUACCGUUGAGUGGCUGAAGAGUCUUAAGCUGGAAAAAAUAACAUUGCAAGCAACGGAUGUGAUGCUUCUGGACCUUUCUGGAACAAGUACUUUGAAAGAACUUGUUUUUUGUUGGCCUUGGGGUUAUUCUGACCCAAACGCACGAUGGAUGGUAAAGAGGAUCUUUGAAAGAAAUCGCAACAUCGCCAGUAUGAGCAUUAAAUUGUUCGAUGGCAUCGAUUAUGAGAGUUUUGCAACACUCAACAGCUUAAAGUGCAUUCAGUUCGAUAAUGUUCACGAAGGAACACUCCAAAAAGUUGCAGCUCAAUUGAAGAUGUCUGAGCUCGAAAAAGUUGGGAUAGAUCGCACUUAUACAAGUGCCAACGAAAUAAGUGCUUUCCUAGCCACACUGGCUAAAAAUGCGCCAAAGCUAAAAGAGCUAUCGGUUCAUUCGACUGAGAGAAACGAUCUGACUUCAAUCCAUCUUUUUGAACUGACGUCGCUUAGAAUAACAGUUACCGAUCCGGACGCAUGCAAAGAACUUCCAGAAAUGCAACCGAACCUGAAGCAUUUGGAUCUGUUCAUAUCCAAUCGCAUCAAACCAGCGCAGCAGAUCAUAUCACUGGUUAAAGGCAUGCACAGACUGGAGAUUUUUCACGUUGAUACGUUUGGGAACAAAGCGUUGUCGAUGAUGAAAGCAUUGAAAAAAGAACUGGGUUCCGAUCGCAUAUGGAACGCAUGUUCGUUCAAUAGACCAGAGCUACGGAUGUACGUGAGGAACAGCUACCGGAUUGAUUUUGUUCGACUGACGUUGAACUUUACCGAACGCAAGUUUACAGUCACCGACAUUCCAUUCAGAAGAAACUACUUCAGUGAAUCCAUUAAUAACCAGCUGCUGUUGCCGUGUUGCUAUUAAAUCAGCAGUACUUUCAUACUUUGUUUUUACACAUUAAUGAUGUAGCUAUACUCCCCACAGUGGGCUGCACUAAUUUGGAAUAAACGUCUAAG